AUGCAACCCCGACAGUGUCACCUUUGCCAAUGUAUCUCUCGCACGGUCUUAAAGGAGCUCACAAAUUGCUGUUAUCAACAGCUGAUCAAGCCGUUAGCGUUACCCUUGAGAAGUUGUGACCUGUGGGAUCAGAAACCAGAACCUGGACUUUGGCAAUUUAAUGGAGGUCGCUGUGACCCCGUGUUUGUAGACAAGCAGGCUGAACCCAUUGAUCUAGGCGCGGCUCAUCGUUAA